CGAUUCCAAACAAAAAGAGGUUUAGUCUUAUAGUUGAUUAUAAACCAGGUAUCGAUGGAAAUAGUUACAUAAAUUGUAAGUCAUUGUCCCUUUCUUUGAUUCGUUUCUUUUUCCCAACUUGAUCUUCCGUAUACUUGUUAGAAAUUUCAAAGUUCAAAGUUCGUCCUUUACACUGCAACUUCGGUCAUGCCGUCGUCAGUAACAGCAGCAUCACCGCCACUGCCGGCAUAUCCUUAUUUCGCUCCGCGGUAUGUGAUAGCAAGCAUCGCCGUUUCGCUAGGUGGCCUUUUGAAUGGCUACGAUACUGGUUCGGUUGGGGCCAUAACGCAUAUGCCUCAAUUUGCGGAAUCGAUAGGACAAUUGUCGGCGACUAUGCUGGGUAUUACAGUCUCCAUGAUCAUGCUCACAGGAACCCUGCCAUCUGUUUUCGCCGGUCACCUUGCUGACAAGUUUGGACGGUUGACCAUCAUUAUCCCCGGUGCUGUAUUAUUCGGCAUAGGAGCAUUAUUACAGGGACUUGCUCGCAAUCUAGCAAUGUUCAUCGCCGGCAGAGCAGUCGCUGGGUUUGGCCAAGGCGUGUUUCUCAGCAACAUCAGUGUUUAUAUAUGUGAAAUUGCGCCGCUUCGGUACCGUGGUACUUUGGCCGGACUUCCCCAAUUCAUGGCCACCGCUGGGGUGUGCGCUGGGUAUUUCACCUGCUACGGCACCGUAAAUAUCAAAUCAGACAUGGCGUGGCGUAUACCGUAUAUCAUACAGUGCGCCUUUUCCGCUACCCUUGCGUGGGCUUGCCUUCUCCUCCCGGAUUCCCCUAGGUGGCUCAUCUUGCAAGGAAGGCAAGCCGAUGCGCGUCGAGCCCUGCAGCGUCUCGAUUCCAACAUGAUUGAAGCUGAACGAGACUUUCUCUCCACCACUGAACAGUCACCUAGUCUUUCGCCCUGGCAGGGUUUCUUGCUCUUAUUCAGACGUGGUUAUCGCGCCCGUACGAUUUUGGCACUGUUUAUCCUCGGAAUGGUUCAGCUAUCUGGUAUAGACGGCGUUAUUUACUACGCCCCUGUCCUUUUCGAGCAAGCUGGAUUAUCCUCAGAUAAUGCUUCUUUCUUAGCUUCAGGGCUAUCUUCUAUUUUGAUGCUCGUCGUUUCAAUCCCGGCUUUCUUAUUAGCUGAUAAAUGGGGAAGACGUACUUCCGCUAUCAGCGGUGGUCUUACUUUGGCUAGUUGCAUGUUUUUGAUGGGAUCUCUCUAUGCUGCUGGUGUGGUCCAUCCUUAUGGUGUCGCUAGGUGGUUCGUCGUCAUCGCCGUUUUCGUGUUCGGGCUCACUUAUUGCGCAACUUGGGGCAUUGUGGGCAAAAUCUACGCCAGCGAAAUCCAACCAGGGCACACAAGAGCGGCAGCUAACUGUGUGGCUAUGGGUCUGUGCUUUGGUACUAAUUUCCUUGUGGCCAUCAUGACCCCGAUCCUUCUAGAGGCGUCCGCCUUCGGUGCAUACUUCCUAUUCGGUGGUCUGGCACUUGGUACUGUCGCUGUCCUCGCCGUCUACAUGCCGGAGACACGCGGUCGGUCUUUAGAAAGCAUUCAAGAAGCUUUCCAUCGCCCCGCAGCACUCAGCAGCCUCACACAGCUCCUACGUCCAUUUGGUCACGAUGCAAGACGUAGGCCGAUGGAGACCCCACCAGGCGAAGAAAUCGAGAUGGGCCCUCGCGAUCCGGCCGAAGCAGUGGCAGCCAGUGCUGUAUCCGUUGAGGCACUUUCUCGGGCUAUGAGACUUGAUGUUAGCACGUAGUUUUGUGACACUACCGGUAUAACCCCCAUAAACCCUACUCUAUGGCUUAAUUGUUUGUGUUUCGGGCAACUGUUAAGACAUUUCGUGUACCACGCCUGAACCAGGUAAAUUUCAUCUCAUCCACAGACAUAACACCAUGAAAU